AUGAAUUCGGAGUAUCAGGAGCAGGCGAGGAGGUUAAAUGAGAUUCGAACUUAUGCUAGUCAAGCUUCGCAGGGAGGACGUACGAGCUCGAACUCGAAUGGCAAUGCUGGAGAGAGCUCGUCAUCGAAUGGCUCAUACUCGAAUCAACAAUGGGCCGACAGUCAACCGGUGAAUGACCCGCUCAUCUUUCAAGGAGUGUACGCACCGAGCGGAUUUGAUAUGCUGGACGUAUUGCUUCAAGUAUAUAACAGACCAAAUCCUCAAAUUCAGAUCGGCAGUGUCGAUAGUGCCGUAGCUCUCGUCCUCUGUGAUGCAGAAGCUCCAGACCACCCAAUCGUGUACUGCUCGGAACCUUUCGAGAAUCUCACGGGGUAUAGCGAACAGGAAGUCAUCGGACGGAACUGUCGAUUUCUGCAGCACCCGCCUGGACGAUACUGUUCAGACAGGAAUGUCAACCAAGGCAAUUCAGUUGCUAAGAGGGAAGUGAAGCACAAUAUCAGCACAGCUCACGAGUCCCGAGUACGCUUUACGAACUUCAAGAAAGAUGGAACGCCAUUCACGAAUAUUUUGACCUUGAUCCCAAUAGCUUGGCAGGGAAGGAAUUAUAUUGUAGGCUUUCAGGCUGAUGAGGGGAGUCUGUAUCGUUGA